AUGGGAUGUGGGGGAUCAAAGCAUGCUGUUGCAACAGAAAGCACCAUUAGCAAAAGUAAAAGCAAUUCCAACAAAAUUGCAGAAAACUCUGUUGAAGAGAAGGAAAAGUCGAUCAAGGAACCUGGUGUGGAUGUAAAUGUGGAGGUAAGGGAAAGUUUGGGAGAGAAAAAGGAAAAUGCCAAAGUAAUUGAUAACGGAAAUGGAGAAUCAGGGGCGGAGGAAAAUGUGAAAGGAACGGAAAAUUCUGAAGAUGGAAAGGAAAAUGCCAAAGUGGAGGAGGAAAUCAAGGGAGGAAAUGCCAAAAUAACUGAUAAUAGAAAUGGAAAAUCUGAGGAAGAGGAAAAUGUGAAAGAAAAGGAAGAAGAGCUGGAGGUUCAUGUUGUAAUUGUCGAGGAAAAUAAGGAGGGAAAAUCUGACGAAAUCAGUGUUCAUCAAGUUCAAGAACCAGAGGAAGAAAAGCUCAAGAUUGAAAAGGAAUGCAUUAUCCCUGAGGAAAAUGCAUCAGAAGGGAAAUCAGAUUUGAAUGAUGAUGUGGUGGGAAAGGAAAUUAAUAAAGAGGCCAAGGACGACACCAAAACUGAGUCUGUUAAGGUGGAAGAAGAAAAAGAGGUGAAAGAAGAAGUGGUGUUGCCAAUUGCUGAAACAAAAGAUUCUGCCACCAAAGGGGAAUAG